AUGCACAGUCCCAUACUGCUGCCUUCUAGGAUUAGGCCACAGUCAACUGAAAGGCGAACCCCUGGUGUGACGGAUUCCGCGGCGUACGAUGAACUCGUCUACAACUACGCCACGCUCAAGGCGAAGGUGAACACUGCGCUGGUGAGUAAUGCAGAUGCUAUUCGCCACAGCUCCGUCGUUGACCUUAGACGAAACUACGUUGGUGCCAUGGGUCUUCAGGCCAUGACGAGCCUUCUCGCGAAAAACGACCAGCUGCAGGAGCUGCGCCUACCGGGGAGUGGGCUCAGCAACGACUCUGUGGUUUUUUUCUGUCGCGCAAUGAUGAAGCAUCCACGCCUCGCACGCUUGGACUUCUCACGUAACGGCAUCUCACUCGCUGCCGGCCUGGCACUUCUCUCCUUGGUGCGGCAGAAUCGAAAUAUGGUCUAUAUUAACCUCAGUGAGACGCAGGUGCCGGAUGCCGUCAUGAAGAAGCUUCAGCUCGCGCUGGAGCACAACAAUUUGCUCGCCGCCCGGGCGGUUGCGGUGGCGGCACCGCCUGGCGCGGCAGCCGAUACACCGUCAGGGACGCGCAGCAUCGAGGGUGGAUUUUCUUAUGCACUUCGUGAGACGAUUCGAAAGGCGGAGUGGGACCGUCAGGAAGAGAAGGCGCUUGAACGCCUGAAAGCCCUCACACACGCUGCGGCAACUGCAACGGGUGAUGACAGCAAAUUUGUCCCCUUUCCAGACGGUGACUCGGGAUGGCGGCUGAUGGAGGUGGCCAUCCUGGCCCCACCUCUUCUCUUUGAGUCCGAGGUGGAACUGCUUGUGCGGAGCGUAUUUCCACGCCUCAACGAGGAGCUGCUGGACCGUAAAGUACAUCUUCUGCCACUCUUUGACCCACCUGAUGGACCUGCAGGAACAUAUCUGAAGAAUCUGCGCUUCGUCAUCGCGGUGGACGUCCUGCGCAACGUGGAGAAAUCGCGGUUUCUGACAAUUGAGUUAGUUGGGGACCGUGCUGGGGAAUAUGAACAGCUUCCCGCAAAUGAGAUGGUAAAACGGCCACAGCUGUUGCAGUCGCUGUGUCGGCAGGGCGAUGGGGCCAACCCCAUCCGUGCUGAGAGUAAGGCAGCACCGCCGUUACGACCGGUUCUGCAAACAGCACAUGAGUUGGCGACGGCGCUGUCAAGCUGGAUCAUUGUCGCCGCGCGCAAAGACACACGCAGGAUUGGCGUGCCGCCCUCACUUGCCCCACUGCUCACCGAAGAACCCCCAGUGGAGCACCCGGAUUACCUUCAGGCACAGAUUCGUCGAACCGUCACCGUUGGCUCCGAUGUAGUGUGCGGAACGCAGAAGGUUGAGUGCGGUGCCUCACUGAAGGCGAAAAAGUGGCAGGAGCAUCAACUGUUUCGCGACAAAUUGUUGGAGACGGCCCCAGUACAGGAAUUGGUUAUUCGCAACUACAACGCCACCUUUGACUUCUGCGGCGAGGACGGUCAGGUGCACUUAAAGAACUUGGAGGAGUUUGUAGAGGCCAUGUACAGGCGCAUCCGUCUGAUCAUGCUGGCACACUUCCCACGCUGCGACGACAGCCAUCCAACGUCUUACCAGGGCUACAACAUCAACAAGUUUGGGGCGAAAAAGUUAGAGUUGUAUCAGAAACGGUUGCAUGAUUUACUCGAUGUGUGUGUGGAGCAUGCCUUUGUGAAAAAGAGCAUCACUGACCGCCUGAAUUUGUACAUUCUCACACCACCUAGCCGAAAUGUAUUCCUCCUGCACGGAUCCGAGCCUGCGCCGGUAACAACACUUAUUGGGUCUUUUGCCUCACGUCUCCUCUUAAAGGAUCCUCAGAGGUUUCGUAUCGCGUUUCACACGACCCUCGCGGCGCCACUGAUAGAGGAACCUACCGAUUUACGUGAAAUUAUAUGUCAUAUCAUUCUUCAGUUAUUUCCAGACCAGGACAUUUACAGGCGGGCGAUUGCCGAGGUCGACAUUGUUCGUCUUCAGCAACUCCUUGUCGACGUACUUACAGACAAGGUGAAACCCUCAGAGACGUUGACGAAGGGUGGUGGUGGGGAUGUUCCCAUCACUGUGGUGAUUCUCGACGGCCUGGACCGCGUCCUUCCCACCGUUCCGCCUUGCAAAGCUUUACGCCUCUCAACUGACACAGGGAAAGACAUCUGGGGAACGCCAGAACCAUCGCCCCAGUACUUUGACAUAUAUGGAUACAUUCCCUUUUGUUUGUCGCGUAAUGUGCGCCUUGUACUGGGCUGUGAGACAAAUUCAGAUAUGCAUCGUCAGCUAGAAUCACGUGGGCGUGACAGCACCGAGCUUCUCUCCUUGGGCCCUAUCACACCGAACGAUUUUGACGAAAUGCUUCGUCAGGAUAUACUUUCAAAGGUGGGUGUAACCCUCUCUGACGAUGAUUUUGUGACUAUCCGAAAGAAGGAGGAGGCUCUUUCACCGGAAUACAUUAUGUUUGUGGUAGAUGCACUGCGCAGCUUUAACGAGGUGCCUGGAGUUGGGACGCAGGCGGUCAUGUCAUCUCUGCCUGGCACAGUGAAGGAGAUGGUGCAACGGGUGUACGGCAACGUGCAAAAUACGUUUGGUACUGCGCUCGUGCGGACGUGCUCACGUCUACUUUUAUCCUCUCGAUGGGGUAUCUAUGGGCCGCAGCUGCGCGGGAUGUUGCACCUUCCACAACGACGAUUUAACCAACUCCUCCGCAUGAUGCGUCCACUGCUAGAGCACGGCUCAUUGUUGUCGCUUGGCAUUAAAGAGGGAAAUGCUCUGCAUCCACGUCUCUGGAUUCGAUCACGUGAAUUUCGUGUCUUACUCGAGCAGGAGGCCCUGCAGGAGGAGGGAUUGGAGGAGGACCAGAAGGUGUGGCACGAUAUGCUGACACACUGCUAUCUCAACGUGGUGCAUGACGUUGUUGCGCGAGAGAAGUCGCCGCCAAUUUUUGGUUUAAGAUCGACGAACCCCUACGAGCGUAUGUCGGUAAAGGAGCUGCCAUACCAUGUGGUACAGGCGCAGGCCUGGCAUAUCCUGUUUCAUACUGUGUUGUCUAUGCCCUUCUUGAUGCUUGUAUACCGCAACACACUCGGCUACCACCUCGUUAGGGAGCUCAUUCCUGCCUUCAAUACCUUGUACGAGAUGUAUGAACUGGGGGAGCUUACAAACCACACAGAUAAUGCUCAGGGUGAGAACUCCGCCUCACUUUUGCGGCUGCGUGACUACAUUUACUUUUUGCGUCAUUAUAACGCGCGGCUUACGGAGUUUCCGCAUCUUGUGCUACAAACGGCGAUUGAAAGUGCAGCACAAUAUACAUUCGUUGGGAGUGAUGCGAAGGAGUACGUCACACGCAAGAUGAGCUAUCAUGCACCUCUCGUUCAACGUCGCGCUAUGUUUUUUGAGGUUGUGGCGUGUGUGAAGCCAAUGAUUCACAACGGCGCGAUCACCGCCUGUUUAUUUUCGCCCAAAGGCAACCGCGUCACAACUGGCAGUGUGGAUCGAAGUGUUUGCAGCUUGAGUAUGAUGAAUGGCAUGACCACGACACGGGCACGACAGGCGCCAACAAGGGUGGAGGGGCUGCUAUACUGUGAAACUGGCUCCUACCACGCCGCUGUUUGUCACGACCGCACCCUUCUCAUUUACGAUAGCACCCAGUUGAAGCUUGUGUCACGGUGCGACGGCGGAAUAUUUGGGGCACCCCUGUCAUCGGUUGCCUUCUCCGCUCGUGGGCGCUUUUAUUUGGUGGCGACAGAGGAUCUUCAUCUGCGGGUUUUUGAAACGGAGAAAGGUAAACUGCUGUUGCAUGUGGAUCAGCGUCAAUUCCUUUCCGAAAACGACGACGUUAAGGAUAUUAAUAUUCGCCGCGGCUACGCCUGCGUGCUGCCACACCGACUCGAAGACGACUUGUUUUAUGCCACGUGCCAUAAUGUGCUGACGAAGUGGCAUCUGAAGCCGACGCGAGACGAAUUUGUGCGAGAGAAGCUCCUGGAGGUCUCCUUUACGGUGGGCUCGGGAAAGACGGUGUUGGCUGGCACACACUUGCUGCUCCACCCUGCCCCGUUUCCCGCCCAGGCAGACGGACGACGGGCACCCCCACGUUUCGUGCAUCUUUACAAUCUCUUGCAGGGACGAGAGGUGGCAGUGUUGACGAGCUCUAGCAGCCAAUUGUUGUACCAAUUGUCUGCAAAUGAGAAGCUGCUCGCGAGUGCACUAGAAGAUGGAUCUGUGGUCAUUCACCAACUUCCAUGGGCGACGCUUCAAGAGGAGAAUGUGAAUAAGAUGGUGAUCUCACCUACAAUGGAGUUUGCAGCCUACCGUGAAUCACCUGUGGCGACCGUGAAGGCGCUGCGUUUUCGCGGAGACAGCAAGGCUCUUUUUGCCCUGGGUAACAGCUUUGAAAUGAAAUUUUGGGUGUUGCCACGACGUGUGUGGUUGGACGGUGGUGAUGUUGAUGCUUCCAAUGCCAGUAGCACGCACCUGGCGGAGGAUAACAAUAUCAACGAAGAGGAGGAAGAGGAGCUCGUGGAGUGUGCGACCGACGGUGAGUUUGUGCUAGAGCCCGCGGAUGUCACCUCAUGGGAUGUGGUGCAGGCAACGAAUACACAAGGCGCGGAGGUGGUGUUUGGUGACUCUACUGGGCGUCUGACGAUGCUUCGGCUAUGGAAUCCGCUGUUGUGA